AUGAUGCACGUUGGCUUCUUCUGCCUGUUCGUCCUCUCGGCCGUGGACGUGGCGUCCUCGGAGAAAGUGUGCAGUUUCCAGGAUGUUUUAAACCACCUGAACUUAACCAAAAACAAUGAGCUGUUCUACAUGACCCGGCCGGUCAAAGACCACAGACUGGCCACUGACGUCUCCCUGGACAUUCUGCUCUACGCCAUCCUGGACGUGAGAGAAACUGACCAGACCUUCAUUCCUUACGUCUGGUUGGUCGUGUCGUGGCAGAGUCAAUACAUUUCAUGGAAUCCAAAAGACUUCUGUGGUAUUGAAAAAGUUUCUAUUCCCCAAGAAGUCUUAUGGAAGCCGGAUCUCACCAUUGAAGAGAUGAUAGAAAAGGAUCGAGCUCCUCUGAGUCCUCACCUCACGAUCAGCAGUAAUGGAGAGGUCAAUUUACAGAACGACCUGGUAAUGGUCAGCACCUGCAGGAUGCACGUCUACAAAUUCCCCUUCGACACUCAGAGCUGCAGCCUCUCCUUCAGGUCCAUCAUUCACCCUCUUACGGAAAUCCAUCUUUUUCACAACUCCAGCUCUAAAGAGGCCACAAAGGAAUCCAAGGAGUUCAUGCGGACACAGUACGAGUGGCUGUUCAACGAUAUAAAGAUCUACACUGAGACCACCCACUCGUUUGGCUACGACCAAGACGUCAUCAUUUUCACUAUCAACAUGAAGAGGAGGUCCAUCCUCUACAUCGUCAACUUCCUGCUGCCCGUCCUCUUCUUCUUGUGUCUGGACUUGGCCUCCUUCCUGAUCUCAGACAACGGCGGCGAGAAGCUGAGCUUCAAGGUCACCGUGCUGCUCGCCGUCACCGUGCUGCAACUCAUCCUGAACGAUAUCCUGCCAGCCUCGUCCAACAGGAUCCCUCUCAUUGCGCUUUACUGCAUUGGGGUUUUUAGUCUGAUGAUGCUCAGCCUCCUGGAGACGAUUGUGGUGAUGUAUCUAAUGCGGAAAGACUCUGAGCCUCAAGAGGACAAAGCGGAAAAAGACAGAUGCCUGAAGGAGGACAAACGAGGCCAAGUCAACUUCCACAACUGUGAAGAAGCUCAGCAGCAGCCGGAUGGCUGA